GAUGGCGGACAAGACGUCUCGGAGUACAUGGCCGGGUGUUAAACCCGUGCCUAUGAAACUCUUCGCCACUUGGGAAAUAGAAAAGACCUCACCCAAUUGUAUACCAAGAAUGUGCAGUUUGACAUUAACCCGCCUGGUGGUCCACAGAGCCCUUGAGAAUGACCUCACCUCCAUCAUCAUCGCAGUCAAGAUGCAGAGUUCCAAGAGAAUACUACGCUCAAACGAGAUCAUUGUGCCGCCAGGGGGAUUACUUGACACGGAACUUGAUCUUUCAUUUUCAUUGCAGUAUCCACAUUUCCUGAAAAGAGAUUGCAAUAAACUACAAGUCAUGUUGCAGAGGAGAAAGAAAUAUAAAAACCGGACAAUCCUGGGAUUUAAAACAUUAGCCAUUGGUCAAGUCAAUAUGUCACAUGUAUUACAGAGGUCAGUGGACAAGGAGUUGAGGAUGUUCAGUGACCUCAAGGAACGAACCAAUGCUGUCGCUCAUAUAAUGGUGCUUGCUUUAUCUAGUCAGCCAGUGGACCAUGAAGAAAACGGUCAUCGAAAACAAACGUCAUCUGAUGUUGACCGCUCCCCGGAUGUUGACAAUGACUCUGAUGAAGAGGACGUCCAUGACUUCAAUGACCAGGACUUCUCCUCCAACGAUGAGAUGAGUGACUGUGAGCCAAUGAUGCUGGAGGAAGAUGGCCGACCCAGACCUAGGAAAACCAGUCGCAGCAAGAUACGACCGGUUACCUCUAGGCAACGGAAUAUUAAACAGAGGUUCAUAGCUUUACUGAAGAAGUUCAAGGUGUCAGCAGAAGAUGUAUUGGACUCGGAAGCAGACCAUGACCUGAACGACCCCGACAACACACCCGGUGACAUCGACGACCUACUUGAGCAGUGGGAUGACAUGAGUGAUAGCGGCCCUGAAAUGGACACUAUGAGUGUCAUGUCCACACCAAAACCAAGACUCAGACCCUUCUUCACUGGGAGAGGAAGCACCCAUGAAUCAGAUGUCUCGACACCAAAGGCCCAGGAAUCCUUCCGUCUGAGUGAUGACAACGUGACCCGACGACUCGACAACGAUGGCAACAUUGAGCAAGAUGUGGAAAUAUCUGAUUCGCAGACUCCCAGUGAGUCGUCCCCCAAGACCAUUACCCCACUCCUAAAACACAGGGGCAUGCGAUUCGUUCGGGAACGGAGCACCUCGUACCGCGAGAAAAAGAGCAAAAAGGAACACAAGAUGAUCGAGAGACGCAACAGUGCUGGAGGUUCGGACGACGCGCCAAGGAAAGCUCUGCUUGAUCAGCUCAGUGCUGUGUUGGGGAAUGGAGACGACCGUCUGCCUGAAAGCGUCUUCCUCAUCAAUGCUGCUGAGUGGCAAGGACAGCUCCUUGUACAGAAGCUUCAGGAGAAACAAUGGCGUCUCAUCUGCACAUGCUCAAAUGCCGACGUGAAGGCUGCCAUCAGCUUCCUAGUUGCUAAGAUACAGAGGUUUUGUAACAGCAACUCAAAGAGUCCAAGCCCUAUCAAGGUUGGAGUAGCUGGUGGAGACGCGUACAUCAACUCAGUACUCAGACCCUAUGUGGAACAACUGUCCUCCAAGUCACAUGACUGGCAGACAUACACAAAAUUUCUAGUCAUUCCAUUUGGUAGUAGUUUAGUGGGGAAGUUUCUUGCCAGUAUAGACAGCACCUACGCACAACUGUUUGUCGACUCCCUGUGGAAGGACACCUUUGACAAGACAGAUGCAACGAAACCCACACUGGAUUCACAAGAGAUCAUCAACCGGGUGUCCAAAUACUUGAGUGGAUCUACCAACAUCCACCAGAUGCCCAUCGCAGAAGCCAUGGUUAUGUGCAAGGGCAAAACGUCUGAUGAGGAAUCUUCACAGAAGUUUGUCCCGUUCCUAAGUGAGGUGAAGAUCGGCACCCCAGAAAUGUUUAGCAUGUCAGUUGAGCUUGAGGAAGGUGCUACCAGUCCCCCCAGCCUGUCAAGUUCCCCCCCUGCCUCCGCUCCUAUAGCUAUCAAGGCCAGUGAGGGUCAGACCCCACCCAGUUCCCCAAACAUCAGCACAAUGUCUCCAUCAGGGAGCCAAAAUGCAAACAUCGGUCAAUUGUCGUCGGCAGAGUUCAUGGACCUGCAGGUGGACUACUGGACAACAUCCAGCAAGUCUGACAGCAAGAAGGAGAGCAACAAGUGCUCCCUGAAGACGGCAUUCCGCUCCCUUAGUGUGUGUCGUCUUCCGUACCAGGGCGAGCAGACGUCCUCCUCCUUCAGCAUGGUUGUGGUCACCCGUGAGAAAAAGCAGAAGAUUAUGAGGAUCGGGAAGAAAGCCAAAGAAAUUGAGUCCAAAAGCCAAAACAUUGACAGUAUCAGUCGUCUUAUUUGUACUUCCAAGAGCCAGAAUUAUACUCUGAAAGUGUUGAUCGAUGGGGUGGAGUGGCCAGGUGUGAAGUUUUUCCAGUUGUCGUCCCAAUGGCAGACACACAUAAAGAAUUUCCCAGUGGCUGUGUUCAACUCGUACGACUCUGUGUUAUAGACAGCAGCAGCAGCAGACUUGUGAUCGGUCAAUAGGUGAAUAACAGAGCUAUCUGCCAUGUCUAUGGGCAUUGUCAGGACCUUCAUCUCACCAGCGUCGGAUUGGAAGAUGGCUUGUGACUGAAUGUUGGCAUUUGAAGACCAUGGGAGAUGAUGUGAUAGGACUUGUGUGAAAUCACCUGGGUGUUUGUGCUGGAGGUUUAUGAUGAAGGUAGCCAUUCAGUGCAACGCUCACUAAACUUGGACCAGGGCUGCUUUAGCUCAUAGUGUUAUGUUUGGAAGAGUUGACACUUUGUUUGUCCAGUAUGGCUGCUUCCAUACAUCUGUUAUAAUAGCAAACAACACUUUAUAACUGGCUUUAGCUCGGAGUGUAACACUGAAGAAACAACAUUUUUUGUGUCAAUGUUGGGAGAUCCAACAUGGCUGCUUCCAUACAUCUGCUUUUGUGUAUAGCAGACAACAUUUGAACUGAUUUGAUCUGAAACUGUAGUGAUAUCGUAUUCAGCCAUUACAGUCUCAGCGACAUAGAACUGAGUGACCCAGUCUGUCUGUUCGUCUGUAGUCUGUGUUGGUGAUAUCAUCACACCAGCUUUUCGUCUGCUAACUUAGGUGUGAUGUCAAUUGGUGCCUAGUGAAUAUCACACCCCAGAAACAGUACGCCAGAUUAACUGGUUUGUUGGAAGGGAGUAACACGUGCUCAUAGCAUCUCACAUACUUGCUACUGUCCUGAAGACAGCAGUGCUUUCACUGAUGCUUCCUAUGCUACAGCAGCACUUUUCUUGCAUCCCAGGAGGAGAAGGAUCUUUGUGCUUUCAUUGUUCCGAGCAGGUCUGGUGUGUGUUCUGCUCACAAUGUACUUAGCUUGCAGUAUUCUCAGCUCUGUGUUGUUUAAACCAACAUCAUGUUUCUAAAUCCAAAUGCCUUUUUUCCCCAAGAUUGGAGUUCAGUUUAUUUAUACCUAAAGGAAAGAGGGUUAACCAAAGAAGGAAGAGAAAUCCUCUUGGAUUCAUCUGCCAUUGGAGGAGAAUAAAAACAUGACAGCGAAUAUCCCAGUGUGAUAACUGAUAAUUCUUCCCAAGUCAGACUUGGUUGCAUAUUAUUAUGUUUACACCAAGACAGUAACUGAUACUAUUCGUUUCCUACUGUUUAAAGAUUUUAUGACCGCAUGAUCUAUAUCUUGUAACACGCAGACCUUCUGCAUGGUUCCUGUUAUUACGGAUUAUAUGUACUACUCAAAAUAUGUUAGGGAUCAGUUCAAAAAUUUGGUAGCAUAUAAAAAACUUAAUUCCUUAAUAACCAGGGCUUAAUGGCCAUGCAAGUAUUCCAUCUGACAAAAUCAACUUACCUGAUUCCUUAAAUUUUUUUAAAGUAACUAAACUAAACCAAUCCUAUUUUCAUUCAUAUGCUGUUUGUAGUGGGCGUUAUAUACAUCCAGUCUCUCCACAAGGUUUGGUCAUCACUGGCAACAGUGGUAAGUCCAUAGUAAUAUAUGAUGACAGAUUUAAUCUAUAAAAACCCUCCGAAAUGAUUUUCAAACUUGGAAAUGCAAUAUUUUCAGAAUUAACUUUUAAGGGGAAGUAGUGGGGUAUAUCUCAAAACUUAAGGAAUUCAGUUUUUUUAUCUGACAUCAAACUUUUGAACCAGCCCCUUAAGGACCACCCAGUUCUUUCAUAUUACAAUGUAUUACUACCGGUAUUGUUAAUCUGUAAUGCCAUGACAGAUUAACAAUAAUAAUAGGAAAGAAAUGGUGGUCCUUAUCUUAUUUUGAGUAGUAUAUGUACAUAAACCAUAUUUUCUGCACAUUACCCUUGACAGUCUAUUAUUAAAUCACUCAAAUUAAUACCAAGAUAUGAAACCAGUACAUGAUUUCCUGAGGUUUUCGCAAAUUCAGUGCAUGUGUAUUUUCCCAUCAAUAGUUAUUUGUGUUCAUUUGUUUUGAUGAUCCAACAUUUCUUUACAUCAGUGCCCACCUGCCAUGAUAACCCUGCCACUUAGGCCGGCUGUUGUCAACAUAUGACCACUUGGUUGAUAGAAACAAACAACUUGUAUGGACUACAAAGACGUAAUUACCUAUGCUACUUUUCUUUCUGAAUUGUUGAUGGUCUAAAGGGUUGUUGUUUUUCUCACUUGCAUUUUUCUUUAUUCUUUUGCUUGCAUUAUUCUUCUUUUUUGCUGGGAUCAGGGGUAGGGUUUUGAGGGGGUAAGGCUCAUGGUUAUUAUGGACAAGGUCGUGUGACUGACCAUGAGCUUUGAAGCUAUGAUUAUCCUGUGAUGUGGAUGUCCGUGUGUUCAGAGGAGGUGUCUAGGGUGACUCAAACAUGCUUGUAUAAGAUAUGAAAGCAAUAUUAGAGCUAUGAGGGGCGGUCGGGUAGCCUAGUGUUAAAAGCGUGUAUUUGUCACGCUCAGGCCCGGGUUCAAUUCCCCACAUUGGUACAAUGUGUGAACCCCAUUUCUGGUGUCCUGCGCCAUGAUAUUGCUGAAAUAUUGCUAAAAGCAGCGUAAAACCAUACUGACUCAAUCUUUGAUGAUUGUCCAAGGGUAUGUUAGAGUAUGGGUGUGUCAUCAGUCGUAGUGCUGUGGGUGCAUUUUGAAAUGCCACUUGGACGAGUUGAAAUGAGGGCCCUUUUUGAUAACCUUUGUCAAGAUACAAUAUAUGUAUCUCUAUAUUCAGUUAACAAAAGCCACAUCAAAGUCGUUACAUUGAGUCCAACCAAAACUUAUUUAAUUAUCAAACUACCAACCUUCAGAUAUUCCUCUCAACACUUGACAGUUUAUUGGGAUACUGGGCAUAUGGAUUGUUUGAUACAAUAUUAACAAAAUCCAUUCAGAUUUGUGGUAUAGUUAAAGUUCUAGCAUUAAAUUUCAGCAUGCAACAACUCACUCCAUUCAUAGUGUACCCGUGCUCGUGGGUUUCACCGAAGUGAUAAACGUCUGAGACCUGCAUCACUUCGGGCUUUCCUCCCACAUUAAGCAGACAUGCCGUGAUAUAACUGGAAUACUGUUAAAAGCGGCGUUAAACCAAACUCACUCACUCACCAUUCAUAGUGCUACAACUACAUAUGUGUCUAACUGUUCUACUUAGUUCCAGUGUGAUGGUUCACGAUACUCCAGGUGUAAACCUUGUCGCUAUAUGUCUGAGAUAAUGCCAAUGCAACAUUAAAUGUUAACCCACACACACCCAUUUAUAGAUACUGGCAUAGUCAUGCAGUCUCCAUCAAUUCAUAUGAGGACAGUUGGGGCAGGCACAUGUUGCAACAUGCAGGCUUUUUCCCACAGCUCACCAGGGCUGGUCAGGUAGCCUUGUGGUUAAAGCAUUCGCUCAUCACGCCGGGUUCGAUUCCUGACAUAGGUACAAUGUGUGAAGCACAUUUCAGGUGUCCCCUGCUGUGAUAUUGCUGGAAUAUUGCUAAAAGCGUUGUAAAAUCAUCCUCGCUCACUCACAGCUCACCAAGGACAGUCUACUGGACAUUCCACGAAGGGAACAGAAAUGCUGUCAGGUAUUCUUAGCCAUUUUCACGAAAUGGUUGUCAUUAUCUUCAUGUAACCAAUACAUGAUGGACUAGUGCAAAGCCAUGCCCAACUCAAAAGCAUUAUUCAUUUUCUCCUGAAACAGAUUCGUUUGAUGUGAUUGAAAUGCUUCUCAUGAGCAUUGAUUAGAAACAACUUGUAUGUCAAACAUUGGAAGAGAGUUGUUUUGAUUUUGCUUUUAUUGUGUUAUGUUAUUUUGCUUUUGUACAUGAAUUUGUUGUUUUAAGUGCUUAGGGAAUUGUGCAAUAUGAUCCCAUCUCCCUGUGUGUACAUAGGAUCUGCUAGGACAAUGGGAAGAGUUCAGUUGAGGAGCUUUCUUCAUGGUGAUUUCAUUGUUCUGUGAAUCAACAAGCAUUAUUACUCCAGAUUUCUGUGUAUAAACUAUUUAUUGGACUAUUUGUUUGAUAUGCUUAGUGAUCGAGGAAUUAUGGAUAGAUGAAGUUAAGCCUGUAUCUACUUGACAUGAUGCAUUACAUUGUAACAGAAUCUGUAUCUCUUCACUGGGAAUACUACCCUUGUUUACUGCUUCCUGAACACGCUUUCAGUCACCACCUGAAUGAAGCAAGCAAUUUCUGAAGUUAGAUAGGUCAGUGCUUCAUUGUAUAAUCUGUAAGUUUACGUAUAUUUCUUCACAUAGAAAUCUAUAGAAAAGCUAUACCUGCUUAUCUUGUCAGUAAACAAAUGACAACUUUGUAUGCCACUGAAAAUAAGUUAAAGAACACCAGUUCUGUCAUAUGACUUUAAUUAAUCUGUCAUGUCAUGUCAGAAUAACUAUAGUUAUAUGAAAGAAUCGGGUGUUCGUUAGGUUCUUUUGAGACGUAUAUUUUUUCUUUAAUAUAAAAGUUUCAUGUUUCCAUCUAAAAAUGGCCACCUAGUUGGCUACCUGUUCCAAGAACAAAAAUAUCUUUUGUCGGAAUGAUUAAAUGUCAAUGUAUUUAUCAACAAUAAUAUUAGGAUCAUUGAAUGAAUUUAUUUUGCAGAAUAGUUGUGAAUUAGUCUCUUGUGAUCAUGUUGAUGUGACAGUUAUUGGGCUUCUUAAGAUGUAUAGUAGGAUGUAAGAUAUUGUCCUCACCACACCACACCUCUUCAGUAGGCAGUUUGUACAUUUGGCAAUUAUGAAAUGAAGGGGGAAUCAAGUUAAUCAUGACAAUCAUUGUACGUGUAAUGGACUUGCUAUUUUUGCUGUGAACUGUUUUCAUUCAUAAGAUUGGACAGUGAUGAUAUUAUUUUGGAGAAGGAAUGAAGUGAAACUUGUGCUGAAGCAGGUGCUAGCAGAGAAGCUCUUUAGGUUCAACAGAAGCAGUUUUGAGGAGGGGCGUGUUUGGUGGCGUUGUGCCCUCCAUUGUGAAGAAUUCUGGUGCUUUCAAUGAGGAUAUUGAGCAGGGUGGAAAACACAUGUACAGGCAUAUUUUGGUUAAUAUACUACUCAAAAGAGGUAAAGGACCACCCAAUCCUUUCAUAUUACUUAAGUUAAUCUGUCAUGGCUUUGGGAUGAUCCUUAACGUCUUUUGAGUAGUUCAUAUACCCUAUAGAGAUUUCAUGGCAUUCUAUAUGAUGUGUCUCAAAGCUAUAUUGCUUUGUUGUCAGAAUUUGAUUUGCUUCUUAACAUGGAAUUCCAAAAUCCACAUCAAGCUGAAAUCCAUAAAUUCACCAUUACAUUUCAUAAAAAAUAAUUCUCUAGAUUCUCAUUUACGUCCUCAUCCUUUGUCCACACUGCUGCAGGGUCCUUGACCUUGCUAAAUUCUUUGUACACAGCAGGGGCAGGUAACUCUUACCCUAUUUCAGUGGCUGUAGUGAAGAAAAAGCUCAUCACCCACUUACAUAUCAAUAAUAUUAUAUUGUAGCCAAUCUCCCUAUUGCCUGCUCAUGUACUCCGAAACCACAGAACACUAAGUAUUGCAAUAUGUCAAUCACCUGUGCAGGUUGAACACUACAAAUACUUUUACUGUUAACACUUACUGCAAGUACAUGUGAAAUAUAUUUGGAUUUGUUUCAAAAUAGAUCUCAAUAUUAUAUCUUAAUUUCAUGUAAUCUGUUUGACUGAUAUUUGAUCCUCUUUUAAGCAAGCUGUUUGACUUCCUCACAAUCACACUGUAUACAUCACAAUGCUUUUUGUACUGUGAUGAAAGCUGAUGAUGGCACUCAGUAUUUAGUGACAUGUUGAUUAUCUUGUUUUGUAGUCUCUCUGUAGAAUUAUGUACUAUGUAUAUAUGAUUGAUAAUUAUUUAACAUUAUUAUUGGAAUCUGUUUUACCAUUGGGGACAGCCUAUUUUUUGUCUGAAGGACUUCCAGUGUCGGAGUCUACACAGACUUGGACUGACAUGUCAAAACUGUUCUAUACAAGGAAUUUACAGACAACUUGAUGCAUUUACCAUUACAUCAGUACAACUACAUCUUUCGUUCAGCUUCAUCGAAACUUUUGGAAUGGAAUUUCAUAUGUGGAAUUUCUUUCAGUUUUCGUUAAUCACUCUGACACACAGAGACUUUUCCAAUAUUUUUUUAUUUAAGUACUUUUAACUCUUUGGCAGAUUUUCUUUUGAAUGUUUAAUAAUGUGUUGAAAGAUGCUUGUUGAGAUGUUCAUCCCAUGAUAUAGAAUACAAUGAUGUGUGCUCACCUUUAAUACAUACUACCCAAAAGUAGUUAAAGAACAUCAGAUUAUUUCAUGUUACUAUAGUUAGUCUGUCAUCCCAUGACAGGUUAACUCCAGUAAUAUGAUGAAAUAAUCGAAUGUACUUUUGAGUUAUAUAGGCUAAAAAAAAUAAUAGUCUUGGUUCUCAGGCACCACCUGCAUCAUCAUAAAGUUUGCUGCACGUUUCAUUUUUAUUUCCUUCUUUUUUUCUAUUUUUUUAAAAACUUCCUUAAAUAUUCCAAGUCCAACAGUAGACCAAUACUGUAUUCCAGUAUUUUACUCAUCAAGGAAUACAUUGUUUACUGGUUACAUACUAGUUUGAACAACCCCCCACAACCCCCCAAAAAAGACACCGCCUGCCCCACAAUAUUUUCAAAAACCAUUGCCUGAGAACCAAUUCUUUUAUUUUUUUAAGUCAUAUAUUACUCAAAGUUUGAUAGGGAUAGUCAAAUAUGUCAUUCUGUUUAAAUACACACUUGACAUAUUAUGAGUAUCUGUUUUGAGCAUCAUGGAAAUGGAAAUAACUUGUUCAAGAGUAAUAUUCAAGGGGGAAAUUAAAUCUAGAAAAUAAAGAAAAUAUUCAUAUUUCUGGGGCAAUUUCACAGGGCUCUGUCUGAGUCUUUUUCCUAUGCAUGUCAAAAUGACCAAACUCAUUGUGUAUUGUUUUCAGAAUUUGUGACAAUAUGAAAGUUGAAUGUUGUUGACCAAGUUGAGGCAUGAUACAGUUGACUCCCGUGGUCUUAUAUCUCCACUCCCACCGGUUCAAACUCACCUUUAUGGUAAACUCCGAAUAUAAAAGACGCAUCUUAGAAAAUAUCAUUGAAGAAUGGUAAACUAACAUUAUUUUCCAUGCAAAUUUUGGAUCCAGUGUGCCCAGUUGUGAAGUACUUUUCAAAUGAAACUGCUCCCUAAAUAUACUUGUAUCCAUUUAUUUUCCCAAGCCACCCGUAGACCCGGGGUAAAAUGUGUCUCUCCCCCCUCCCCCAAUGAGGAUUUAGAAUGCGUCAUCAGCAACCGACAGUUUAUGGAUGCGGUGGCCAGACUCGAUGACUUGGUUGGUGGCGUGUCAACGUACCCCUUUUGGAGUGGAUCGUUGCUCACAAUAUCAAUCACUAGAUUGUGUGGUCCAGACUCGAUUAUUUACAGGCUGGAAUAUUGCUGAGUGCCCUCGACCUCACCCCCUUUCAGUAUUUAGUGAUCAGUAUUUAGUUUGUGGACUGGUUAAGAUCCCUUUGAAUUCAUCAUAUAACAUCUACCCCUGUUCACCUCCAGUGUUUCGCCUUUGACUUGGCAAUAAUGGGAGUCAACUGCAGUCGUUCUAUGAGGGUCCAUUCAUAUUGUUGUCCUUUAAGUUACCAAUAAUCAUUGUUCUGCCAUUAGUCCAAGUGGUGAGUACACAUCAACACAGUUGUGUUCAGAGUUUAAGGUGCUUCCUUGAGUGUAAUGCCAACGUAACCAAAGAUCAGUCAGAAAUAAUUCCGCUGGUAUUCGUAUGUCCUUUGUCUACAGUAUGCAUUACUGUACAUGAUUCUUGAUGAUGUGAGAGUCAACACAUCAUUGUCUGGGACAGCUGUAGCCUUUGGUACGAAACAAAAGGGCAUUCUUUUGUUUAACCAGUAGGUAAUGUCUUUAAACUGACAGCUACACCCAGCUAUUGGUCAGGGUUAGACACUGCCACAAGUUAAAAUAUCGAAGGGCUACUGUUUUUCUCCCCAAAUCUUGUGACUCAAACCAUGUUUUUCAGUCAGGUCGAUGGUGGACUUAUUGCAUGGCGUCGAGCCCUGAAUUUGUGAUGACAGGGUUAAUUUAGCAGGUCAUGUUUUGACUGUCAGGAUGUUGGUGUGACAGAGGUAUUUCUGGCCUGCACAGUAAUGAUCUUCUCCUCGGUAAAGGCCUGAUGGAGAUAGUUGUGAGAUACUGCAAUAAGACGGGCUUGCUGUGCCAUGCUGUACGCUAUGAACCACUGUGGAGUAGAACUACACGGCACACAGCCACACUUGUACACAUGUUGUUACUUUAUUGUACAUGGUAUCAAAUGUACACGUGUUGCAUGAGCAGUAUCAUGUAUGUCCAACACAAGUAGGAAUGAAUUUUAAAAUGAAUAAAAUUUAAAUAAAAAUUA